AUGGUAAUGGGAAGCUACGAAGUCAUUGAUUGCUUUAGAGUAAAGGAUAUAAUUAACCAUCGAAUUCGCUUCGAGGUGCCUCUUUCGUACUAUGACGAAUCUGAUGAGAGAACGAUUUCAAUUGUGGCUAAUUUGACGCAAAAGUUCGAUAGAACAGUCCAUACCAGCGAGGAAUGUACUGAUGGAAGGUCAAUUCUUCCAGAGGAGGCGAGAAUUAUCUCAUAUAUUCAAGGUGGUCCGGGCUUCCCGUGCGAGGUACCUUUGGCUAACUCAGGAUACACUAAGGUUUUGCUUGAUAGGGGAUUUCAGGUUCUCCACCUUGAUCAGAGGGGUACAGGAUUAAGUACUCCUUUAGAGGUUGACACGAUGAACAUGCUUGUGCCUAGAACGGAGAGUACUUCUGAAGAAGAGCAUGUUGAGAAACAAUUAAAAUUCAUACUCAACUUUAGAGCUGAUUCGAUCGUUGAGGAUUUUGAGGUAGUACGGAGGGCCUUACUUGGUGAAAAUAGGAAGUGGUCGAUUCUAGGGCAAUCUUUUGGCGGUUUUUGUUGCUUUACCUAUCUCUCGAAGUACUCUAAAUCGUUAAAAGAAGUAUUGAUAACUGGAGGGGUCCCACCAAUCAACUUAGGACCGGAGGAUGUUUAUCGGGCUACUUACGAAAGAACCAGGGAACGUAAUAGACAUUACUACGACAAAUAUCCACAGGAUAUACACAAGGUAAAGGCUAUCUUGAAGUAUCUAUCGGAGUGUGAAGUGGAGUUACCUAAUGGAGGUACACUAAGUGUAGAAAGAUUCCAGCUGUUGGGCUUAAUUUUCGGUGGAAAUGGUGGUACUGAUUCGCUCCAUCAAAUUGUAUUAAAGUUUCAUUACGAUUUGAAUUUAUGGGGUAAGCCAACAUAUCAAAUUUUAAGUGGUAUUCAGAAUAUCUUAGGUUUUGAUACUAAUGUAUUGUAUGCGUUAUUUCAAGAAGCUAUAUAUUGUGAUGCUAAUAAUGCUAACGUAACAAUUUCCAACUGGAGUGCUGACAGGUUAAGGCAUUUACCAGAAAGAAAAAACUUUGUGUACGCCGAUAUUGCUGGUACUGAAGAACCGGUAUACUUCACGGGUGAAAUGGUAUUCAAAUCAAUGUUUGAUGACUUUGCAGAAUUACGACCUUUUAAGAACUUGGCGUAUGCCUUACACGCGAACGUAUCUUGGUCUUCUUUAUAUGACGUUGAAGAAUUGAAAACUAUUACAUGGGAUAAAGUACCAGUUGUGGCGGCAACUUACUACUAUGACCAAUAUGUUGAUUUUGAUACUACCAUGCAAGUUAAGAAGAAUGUAUUCAAUAAUAAUGGUAAUUUGAAACAAUAUAUUACGAGUGAAUUUUUCCAUAAUGGUGUUCGAGCAAACCCUGAAAAGGUUUUGGGUUCAUUAUUUGAUCUACUUGAUUCAGAAGUGGAUUAG